UCCACCUUAAGGUGCCUGUGAUCACUUGUGAGUUGUGAAGGAAUCUACAUAUUAAUGGGGAGUUUUUAUCAUCAAAUUUUUGUUACACUUGUUCUUCUUCUAAGCAUAUUUCUACCAUGUUCAUUGUCAUCAACCACCAGGCGUUUUGAAUUUAAUGUCAAGUGGAAGAAUGUAAAGCGUCUGUGCAACACAAGGCCAGUACUUACUGUUAACGGGGAAUAUCCAGGACCAACCAUUAGUGUUCAUGAAGGCGAUAAUGUUGAAGUAAAGGUUACUAAUCGAGUUGAUAUGAACACCACUCUCCAUUGGCAUGGAAUAAGGCAAUUAAGGACAGGAUGGGCAGAUGGUCCAGCCUAUGUUACACAAUGCCCAAUUGGAACUGGAAAAUCUUACACUUACAGGUUCACCGUAGUCAAUCAGAGGGGAACUCUUUGGUGGCAUGCCCAUCUCUCAUGGCAACGUUCCACUGUUAAUGGAGCUUUUAUCAUCUACCCUCGCAUGCCUUAUCCUUUCUCAGUUCCAAUUCAAGAGGAGAUUCCCAUAACGUUUGGUGAGUGGUUCAAUUCAGAUGUGAUGGCAAUAGAAAAGGAUAUGAUGCUAACCGGGGUUGGACCUAAUGCUUCAGAUGCUUACACGAUCAAUGGCUUGCCAGGGCCCUUGUAUAAUUGCUCUCUUAAAGAUACUUUCAUCAAGACAGUCGAACAUGGCAAAACAUACUUGCUAAGGAUCAUCAAUGCCGCCCUCAAUGAUGAGCUCUUCUUUGCUGUGGCUGACCAUACUUUAACAGUCGUAGAAAUCGAUGCAGUUUACACAAAACCCUUUACAACAAAAGCUAUCAUGAUCGCCCCCGGACAGACCACCAAUGUGCUGCUCACUGCGAAUCAAAAGCCAGAUUCCACCGGCAUGUUUGUCUUGGCAGCAAGACCUUAUCUAACUUCAAUUUUCCCCUUCGACAAUUCCACCACAAUUGGUUUCCUGAAGUACAAAACCACAAAGUCAAAAGAAACAGUUGAGCUCCCAUUGCCACCUUACACUUUACCAAGCAACCUCCCUGCAUUGCAAGAUACUGAAUUUGCAACGGAAUUCGCCAACAAGCUUCGAAGCCUCGGAUCUCCUCAGUACCCUUGUAAAGUGCCCAAGAAAGUCCAUAAGCAAGUGAUCACAACCAUAGGUCUCAAUCUUCAAGACUGCCCUCCUAAUAAAACUUGCAAAGGAUUUAGAAACCAGAGGUUCUUAGCAUCGAUGAACAACCAAUCAUUCAUUCGCCCUCCCAUAUCCAUCCUGGAAUGCCAUUACAAGAACCUCAGUAUGGCUAACCUGUUCUCCAAUUUCCCCGAAAAGCCACCCGUUCCUUUUAACUACACAGGAGUUAACUCUUUAACUGAAAACAUGAAUGCUGAAUUUGGCAGUAAGCUGGUGGUGGUACCAUAUGGCACGAGGCUAGAAAUUGUGCUGCAAGAUACCAAUUUCUUGAACCCGGAGAACCAUCCAAUCCAUGUUCAUGGGCACAACUUUUUCAUCGUGGGAUGCGGAUUUGGAAAUUUCGAUGCUGAAAAAGAUCCAUUGCAUUACAAUCUUGUGGAUCCUCCGGAGAGGAAUACGGUGGCGGUUCCAAUAGGAGGAUGGGCAGCAAUCAGAAUCCAUGCAGAUAAUCCAGGGGUAUGGUUCAUACAUUGCCAUCUCGAGGAACAUACGACAUGGGGUCUAGCCAUGGGUCUUGUUGUACAGGAGGGUAAAAACCCUUCACAAUGUUUGAUUCCUCCACCUGAUGACCUUCCUCCCUGCUGAGUUUUUUCCCGGCUUUAUGGAAGAUUUUGCAGUUUGCUCUAGCCUUGACCACCUUCCAGAGUUUGUAAAAGAUGUAGCAUUGCAACUCAUCUCAGUCUGUGUGUGUGUUUAAAUAAAUUUAGAGUUUGGGUUGGGUUGGGUAGGGAGUUUGAGCUUAAUUGGGCUGUCUAUGUCCUAUAAGUGAUUAUACAAGAGGUCUUGUCCUAGUGUAUAGAGUAAUGGAUCAAAGGAGUUCAAGCUUGUCAAUCUAAUGUAUGCAAUUUAUAGAAACAUGGGGGUUUUUGUAGCAAUUAUUUGUUAGCCUAAGCUAUCACAAAUUCAUCAUGGUCUUCCAAGGUGAUGUUUCGGAGUUAAUAGACCAACAUACCAUGAAGGUGUCCAAAGAAUGAAAUAUUCAAUGA